UUUGUUACACUCUCCACUUCUCUCAGUUGUGUUCUUCUUAGUUUUACAAUCUUUUUAGUAUUUUUCUUUAAUUUCUCCAGUUUCAAUGGCAGCAGUCGAGGUUGUGCCAUCUCAGAUAGGACAUCCAGCCAAGGAGAAAGUUGAAGAAUUAAAGGCACGAGAGAGUGUUGAAGUUAUUGUUGCACCAACGGUAGCAUCACCGACAAUAGUAGCACUGAAAGUAGCAGCACCGGAAGUAGCAGCGCCGACAAUAGUAGUACUGCCAGUUGCAGCACCGGGAGUAGCAGUACCGACAAUUGCAGCAGUGGCAGUUGCAUCACCGGCAGUUGCAACACCGGCAGUAGCAGCACCGGCAGUUGCAGCUCCGGCAGUAGCAGCACCGGCAGUAGCAGCUCCGGCAGUAGCAGCACCGGCAGUAGCAGUACCGAAAGUAGCAGAACCGGCAGUAGCAGCACCGACAAUUGCAGCACCGAAAGUAGCAGCACUGAAAGUAGCAGCACCGGCAGUAGCAGCACCGGCAAUUGCAGCACCGAAAGUAGCAGCACUGAAAGUAGCAGCACCGGCAGUAGCAGCACCAGCAAUUGCAGCACUGAAAGUAGCAGCACCGGCAGUAGCAGCACCGGCAGUAGCAGUACGGAAAGUUGCAGCGCCGACAGUAGCAGCACCAGCAGUAGCAGAGGAAAAACCAAAGGAUAAAAAACCAGUUGCUGUACCGGAAGGUGACCAACAAUCUUUGAUUGAAGUAAUUGAAACGGAAGAAGAAAAACCUGAAGAAACUGUUGAGAAAACAUGUGUUGCUGUCGAAGAGACUACAAAAGAAGCUCCAAAGGAGGAGGAAGCAAAAGAGGCACCAGCACCAGCACCGACACCGAAAACUGCACCAAAAGCAGCACCGGCAGUAGAACUAGAAGUGGAAGCUCCAAAGAAAGAAGUUGAAUAGAAGACUGAGUAAAGAGUGUUAAAUUUGCGUGGUUUUCAUGAAAGGUUGUCUAACUAUUGAAUAAGUAUUUAUUUAAAUAGGUUCGUAAUCUGAAUUUGCUUGAAUUAGUAAUGCCAGCCGAUCACCAUGUAGCAACAAAGAUGCACAAUCAGCUUGUGCAAAUUUUAUGUGGAGGUGUAGCUGUUUUUAGCUUCAAGCAAGUUAGAUGAGUCCUUUUAUUUUAUGUUUUGUUAUGGUUGGUUUAAUAUAUGCUUUUGUAAUAACAAUAAUGUAUCUUAUUGAUACAUUUGUUUAA